AUGGGUUUCCUUCCAAUCCACAGAAUCAUCUUGCUGUGUUUUUGUUCAUCUACCUUACUGCCUCCUCCUGUAUCAUCAGACAGCCGUCUUCUUCCCAAUAAGCCGCUCACUGUUGAAAGCACACUCAUCUCCGAUGAUGGCACUUUUGCCCUGGGCUUCUUCUCCCCGUCCAACUCGACCCAAAAACACUUCUACUACGUUGGUAUAUGGUACAACAACAUCCCCAAGGACAACGUCAUGUGGGUUGCCAAUCGUGCAACGCCAGUCACCGACCCUUCCUCUGCAACACUUGCCCUGACGAAUACAUCCAAUCUUGUUCUGUCCAGUACUAGCGGCCAGAUGCUUUGGACGGCAAACAUCAGCUCUGCAUCGGAGACCACCGCUGGAGAAGCCAGGCUUGACAAUACUGGAAAUUUCAUCCUUCGGACAUCAGAGGGCGUCGUCUUAUGGCAAAGCUUCGAUUACCCGGCCGACACUCUUCUCCCUGGCAUGAAACUUAGAGUCACCCACAAUAGACAUGCACUGCAACGGCUGGUUUCUUGGAAGGGUCCCCAAGACCCAACCCCGGGCAGCUUCUCCUACGGUGCAGAUCCUAAUGAGUUCCUGCAAAGGUUUAUCUGGAAUGGCUCGAGACCAUACCGGAGAAGUGCGGUGUGGAAUAACUACUUGGUAGUUGGGCCAUAUAUGGGAAUUAUCAAGUCCACUAUCUACUUCACAAUUAGCCGUGAUGAUGGUGAGAUCUAUAUGUCCUUUGGCAUACCCGGUGGCUCCUCAUCGUCAACUGUCAUCAAGAUCAAAAUGGACUACUCAGGAAAGAUAGAAAUCCUAACCUGGAAUAGCAACAUUUUGGAGUGGGAUGUCGUGGUGGCAGAUCCUAACCAUGAAUGCAGUACAUAUGGAUAUUGUGGUCCGUUUGGGUACUGUGAUAACACAGAGCCUAAUGCGACAUGCAAGUGUCUCGACAGUUUCGAGCCAAUAAGCAACAAAGGCAGGAGCAAUGGAAGGUUUCCGGAAGGAUGCCGCCGCAAGGACACACUAAGAUGUGGUCAAGAAAAUACUAGUUUCUUAACUUUGACGACCAUGAAGAUUCCCGACAAGUUCAUGUAUGUCAAGAAUAGAAGCUUUGACGAAUGCACAGCGGAAUGCGCUAGCAACUGCUCCUGCACAGGUUACGUUUAUGCCAAUAUGAGCACCACGGCUAUCAACGGGGAUGACACAAGGUGCCUAUUAUGGAUGGGAGAUUUGAUUGACACAGAGAAGCGCAUUGGAGCAGGAGAAAAUCUUUACAUUCGGGUAAACAGAUCAAGUGGUAUAAUUUCUGCUUCUCUUUCUUUCUCUUCAGAUAAAAAGAGGAGGAGCAAUAUCCUGAAAAUUACUCUGCCAGUUGUAUCAAGUUUGCUCAUACUCGUAUUCAUGUGGCUUGUUUGGAUCUGUAACUCACGAGUCAAACAAAGAAAUAAGAAAACAUGGAAGAAGAUAAUAUCAGGAGUUCUGAACAUUUCUGAUGAACUCGGGGAUGGGAAGCUUCCCUCUAUUAGCUUCAGAGAAAUUGUACUAGCAACAAACAAUUUUUCUAGCUCCAACAUGCUUGGACACGGAGGUUUUGGAUAUGUUUAUAAGGGAACAUUAGAAUAUGGUAAAACAAUUGCUGUGAAAAGGCUUAGUAAGGGUUCUGGACAGGGGGUAUUGGAGUUCAGAAAUGAAGUAAUUCUUAUCGCCAAGUUGCAGCACAGAAACCUAGUUAAACUUCUUGGUUUCUGCAUUCAUGGAGAUGAGAAAUUAUUGAUAUAUGAAUACUUAUCAAACAAAAGUUUGGAUGCCUUUCUUUUCAAAUCCACAAGAAAACCAUCGCUUGAUUGGUCAACAAGAUUCAAUAUAAUCUUAGGGAUAGCUAGAGGACUUCUUUAUCUUCAUCAAGAUUCAAGGCUGAAGAUAAUCCACAGGGAUCUCAAAGCAAGCAACAUAUUAUUGGAUGAUGAAAUGAGCCCCAAGAUAUCUGAUUUUGGUAUGGCAAGAAUUUUUUAUGGCAACCAGCAACAAGGAAACACCAACCGCGUUGUUGGCACAUAUGGUUACAUGUCGCCUGAAUAUGCUUUGGAAGGUGUGUUUUCUGUCAAGUCUGACGUGUAUAGCUUUGGAGUUUUAGUUCUGGAGAUUGUGAGUGGCUCAAAGAUCAGCUCUAUGCACAUGACAGAAGAUUACCCCAACCUUAUAGCCUGUGCUUGGAGCUUAUGGAAGGAUGGGAAUGCAAAAGAAUUUGUUGACUCGUCCAUUGUGGAUAAUUGUUCGCUUGAUGAGACUUCACAGUGCAUCCAUAUCGGGCUCUUGUGUGUUCAAGACAGCCCAAAUGCUCGGCCACUCAUGUCAUCAAUUGUGUCGAUUCUAGAGAAUGGAGAUACGUCACUUCCACCUCCAAAACAGCCAAUAUAUUUUGCAGAAAGGAAUUAUGGAACUGACGGAGCAGCAGAAGCUAUUGUGAAUUCUGCAAAUACUAUGAGUGUUACAGCCUUGGAGGGACGCUAG